UUUAACCUCUUCUUCGUUCUCGUUCGGUUGUUCUAAACCCUCAACAAUCCCGCAGCCACCGUUUAACGCGGGGCUGCUGGAGGGAUAGUUGCUUUUACCGUGCAAAAGUAAACGUGUUUACCACUUGGUCGCGCAAAUUUUCUUUAUACCGCGUGACGAAUGUCGAUUUACUAUUUAUCAAUGAUUCUUCGAUUAAUCUUGUCGUGCGAUAUGUCAUGUGAGUAACGUUCAUCGUGCGUUCUUGACGUGUUAUGGCGUGGAAAUGGUGGUCAACCGUUUCAGUGAUAUCGCUCUCGUUCGACGAUACCGGGAUAUAUUGCUGAAUUGAUGACUAAUUGUGUAAAGUUUUCAUGGAAGCAUGAAGAUCCCACCCCUGUCAUGACCAAGUAUCGCGGACACGCGUGUGGAUGAGGGUAAACCAUCUUAGCGAGAGGGAUGUCUGAAAGCGACGGAGAACAAGUAGCACGGUCGGUGGCCUUGGAGCAAGCCUAUGUCCAUGAAGUUUACGAACAAUGCGCCGAAAAAACAGUUCAGAGUAGACAUUGGCCACGAAUCUAUCAAUUUCUUGAAGAAUUAGAACCAGGAGCCCUUGUCUGCGACAUUGGUUGUGGUAACGGGAAGUACUUGAGUGUUAAUCAUAGUAUCUUCAAGGUAGGAGUGGACCGAUGCAAACGUUUUACUGAUAUCGCGCGUGAAAAAGAAAAUGAGGUACUGAUUUGCGACAAUUUAGCCCUCCCGUUUCGAGAUGAGAGUUUCGAUGCGGUUCUCUCGAUCGCGGUGGUGCAUCAUUUCGCCACAAUAGAGAGGCGGGUUCACGCGCUAAAAGAACUCGCGCGGGUGUUACGGAUCGGUGGUCGAUUGGUUAUAUCAGUAUGGGCUAUGGAACAGAAACACAGAAAGUUCGAGUCUCAAGAUGUCUUAAUACCAUGGCCCAAAGCAUACUGUAUGAAUUCAAAUAGAUCAAAACGUUCAAGUGCACCAUAUGCCAGUAACUUACAUUCCAAUCAAAAUGCUCAAAAAUUCUUAUCAUCUUCCAAAAGAAAUAGCCAACGAAAAUGUAAAAGCAAAAGCUAUUGGAUCGACCCGAUAUUCAGUCCAUCACCAUCAACCAGUAGUUUAUCCAGUCCAAAUGAGACGUGCUACAGCUUUUUCCGCCGUGCUUUGCAGAAAUUAGCAGGAGGUAGACGUGGAUCUGGAAGUCGACCUUGGUUUCUUGACAGUUGGCAGAGCGGCAGUGGAAAGAAUCGAAAGGACUACGAGCAAGAGGAACCACCGGACGUGGAUGAGUUGCCCAUCGAGUUGCGUCGCGUAGAGGAUGUUAACAUGACGUUAAACAAGCAGUCAGACUCUCUGAGUAUCAAAUCGAAGAGUUUAGGUGAUAUUUUAGAGAUUCAACGACUGGAUCUUGUACGAUCUAGAUCCAGCAUUCCUGGUCUAUGCUCCAUGUUGACAUCCGAAUUGAAUCUGGAUGGAGAAUCCAGGACAUCAUCUUCGAUGAGUGGUUCGAAGCCACGGUUGGUUAAACAGAAGUCUCAUUUCAUAGACGACAUUGGUUUGGAACAUCCUGAUAACACUGCCAUUCAUGAACUAUCUAAGGACAUUCCAGACUUCCAGAUAACAUCCAAUUAUUAUUCGAAACGGGGAAGUAUCUUAAAACAAAGUUCGAUGAACGAGGAACUAAUGUCUACUGAUAGAUUAGCAGAGAAAGAAAGAGUACGAAGAAAUAUUAUGAAACAGGCAUCUUUAAAUGAGGACAUCAUUUGUAAAGGGAAAACCUUCGAAUCCCUCAAAGACUCCCUUUAUUCCGUAAACGCGACAAAGAGAUUUCAACUAUUGAAAAGUGGCCUUACGAAUAAGAUCAAACAAUCCACGACUAAUAUCGAAGUAUCUGGUAUAUCAAUCAAGAAUGGAUUUGUAAAAAUUUUACAAGGUUGGAAAUCUAGUGAAAAUGAGACAACGUCAAACAUAUUAAACGAUGAAGCAUCUAAGACGAAAAAUAACGACUCGAAAGUUCAGCCUGUCUCCGUACCAAAAAGGGAGACAGAGGGUAUUGAAAGACGUUUAUCCCGCGAGGAUGGUUCAGAUUCAUCGAAAGACAGUAGUUUACAAAGCGAUACAAGUGUCGAUUCUGAGGACAGUUUCGCGUCCGUGAUUUUUGUGCCAAAGCAGGACGCACAGCCAGCAACAGAGGUUAUUAUUCCAGCCUCUAAUGGUCAUCAUCAAUUGGGAAGCAUCUCAGCUCCCCCUUCACCACGCGUCAAACAACCUCCUGAUACACCUAAUUCAAGAUUAAAAGUCAUUUCUAUAUCCCCAUUGCUCAAACAAUUCCCAGCUACCAGUAAAUCCCUACCUUCGUCUAGUCCACCUGGUCUAUCUCCUUGUACUUUAAAUUCUGCAUUGACCAGAUCAUUUUUUAGUUCAGCAAUUGUUUCCAAUCAGCAACAAGUGUCUGGAGAUAAUUCCAUUAAUACAAAGAAGACAGAGAUUUUGAAUAAUGAUUACCAUCAAUCAACUAAUGAAGAUUUGCAGAGUAAUAAGAAAAAUAUUGAAAAUGAAGUUUGCAGAAGAAAUAGUUUUUUAGAAGACAAAAAACCUAGCUUGCAAGCUAUACAUGCUUAUAGAUCUUUGACUGAGAAUGUGGAAAUUGAGGAAACGAAAACUGUGAAAGAUACAACUCCACUUUUACAGAAUGUAGAUAAUAGUCCUGAUACAUCAUUGCAGGAAAAGAAUAAUUUUGAAAUCAGUAAAGAAGAAGAGAAUCGUAAAGCUAGAUUGAAUCAAAUCAAAGAAUUACUAAAACAGAAACCUGGUUUUGCAACAAGAACCAAACCGUCAUUUCCUUUAGUCAGAAGAGCUUCGACGACAGCUAGUGGUCGUUUAGAAGCCGUUACUAAAGUCUUGCCACGGUUGCUUUCAUUAGAGCUGUUUAAUCCUGAGACUGAUGACUUGGAUAGCGAUUCCAGUGGAGUUUCUUCACCGGAUUCAGUAGGUUCUGUGAUCAGCGUGAUUUCUGAUGAAAGGUAUAUGGCUAAGAAGGAUAAUAACAAAUCAGAGUGUACAGAAUCUGAAGUAUUAGAUAGUUCAGCUGAAAAUAUGUCUGAACCUAGUGACGUAACAGUUGAUUUAUCAGGAUAUGUAGCCGAUUUUAAAGAAGAUGAAAUAAAGACAAUAGGAGACAAUAGUUUGUCUCAAUCUUCUAGACUUCUGGAAGCUGCGGCUAAUGUUGCUAGUUCUUUGGAAGAUGCUGUAGAGACGGCCAUUACAAAAACGCACAGUAAACCAUUUUCAAUGCAAACAGCACAACAGAGCGAUCUCGAAAAUUCCGAUGAAAAUAAGAUCAGAACAAAAUCGAAUAUUCAGUUACCAGAAGUAGAAGAUACUUGGAACGAAGAAUGUCGUAAACAUUUGAUAGACUUUACUGAAAAACUUAGUGAAAACUUGUUACAUGAGCGAGAUGAAAAUAAAAACAAUCAGCAGAUCCUAGAUGAAGCACUUCCUCUUAAAAAAGAUUUGGACAAGCGAAAUCUUGAAUCUUCAACUCCUUAUGACAUUUCUUCAUCGCUGUCUAACAAAUCUAAAUACAAUGAUUUAUCCAAUACAAUUGCAUGGCUGAGUAAUACCAAUAAUGGUUUUCACGAAGAUUCAUUGAUGCAUAGAAGUACUUCAGAUGAUAUAAUGGAUUUUGUCAUGGUAUCAAAUACCGGAGAAUUUAUGAACGAAAAAGAAACUUCCACAAAUAAACAAUCUUCUGAGAAACCCUAUCUACGAAGCGCAAAUUCCAUGGAAUCCAGUGACAUUGGCGAAUCUAUCGACAACACUAUCAGUUUCAGUGACGGAAGCCAUGCAGAAUCUACUGGAAGGUUAUGUAGCAGCAUGAUGUCGUUACUUUCGAACGCCGAUUAUCCAAAAUCGUACGCCGAGAAACGAAGACUUCAAUUACAAAGAAGAUCUGCCUCUGAAGAGACGCCACCUAGAUAUCCAGACAAUAGCAAACGCAGCACUGAUUGUCUGGUAACUACAACUGGAAGCAAUGAUUCUCUCAGUGGAUCUUCAUCCCAGGAAUCUUUACCAUCCGAUCGCGGAGGUGGUGCCAUAACCUAUCAUCAGUACUAUCACGUGUUCAGAGAGGGUGAAUUGGACCAACUCAUCAAUAAAUAUGUGGAGAACUUGCACAUUAUCUCGUCAUAUUAUGAUCACGCGAGCUGGUGCAUCGUCGCGGAGAAGGUACAGGUCUGGACUAUAUGACUCGAGGCGGACGCCCCUGUCCCGUUUUGGCGCGGAGCGUUGCGCCUCUUACGUCGCCACGCUGCCUAUUAGAUCGCUUUUCGGGCAAGGAUAAUCAGUUCGUGAUACUCGCUGAACUUAACAACAAUUUUUCUCGAUUUAUUUCUUGCGAGUAUCAUACGCCAUGAUGAAAAUCGUGGUUGAUUUUCUUUGUUAUGAAGCUCAAGGAGGUAUGUGAUAUACAUAGAUGUGGCUGAUGGCUAGUGAAAAUGUAACGUGAAUUUAUUAUUAUUUUUUUCAUUGUUCACUUGAGAUUGAAUGUGAUUUAUUGAAUUAGUUAAAUACAAAUUACCUGAGCAAGUGAAUUAAAAAGAUAUUAAAAUUUUUGUGAAUGAGAUUGAUUUAAAAAUUUAAAAGACUUUGAAAAGACUGGAUUGUGAAUAAAGAGAUGAAGUGUAACUUUUAUUAUAAUCAGGAAUAUUCGUGCAAUUAGAUGAAAUUAGUUUUUGUUAGUUUUAAUGUAUUAUUAAUCUUUCUUCUAUCAAAAUAUGAAGUAUCGUGUAAAUUCAAAAAAAAUAUUUCAUAAAGUUGAAAAUUCAUGAUGCAUAUAUCGGUGAAUUUUGUUAAUUUGCAAAUAAUAUUAUUAGAUAUAUAUCAAAUAUGAAAAAAAUUGAAAAAUGUAAGAGAUAAAAGGCAAAUUAUAGAAGAAAAGGGAUCGAAGUGUAAAUAUGUAAAAUAAAAUAAAACGUUUCCGACGUAAGCGCACAGAUCGGUAAACAAAAGAUAAUUCAUCAAAUAAGCGAUAUUAGUAAAAUAGCAGUUUGUAUUAUUCAUCUAAAUGCUUGACCAAAUGUUUCUUCUUUCCUCGUUCAUUGUGUUACUGUUCAAAAAUCUCCAUUUUAAUCUCGAAUCGAUAAAAAAGUAUAGUUUUAAUUUAAACAUUAGAAGAGUUUGUAGUUCCUAAUCUUUUCAUCAUUAAAUUCGUCAGUCAUUAUAAUCAUUCUGUGGAAAAAACGGGUACAAUGUUUCCCAUUGAAAUAUGUAUAUCUGUAUAAUUUAACAAUUGUUAUCAUAUAUAGUAGCGUUUCUAGUAUGUUCACUCUUUUUAUUGCUCAAUAUUUUGUUUUUAUUAAAUUGUUUUAUUGUUUAUAAAAUUAUUUUAUAUAAGAUUUCUUUUAUAAUAUAUAUAAAAAU